ACGUCUGAUGGAUAAAAGGGCACACAGAAGGUUGGAAAAGAGAUCCGGUUACAGCUCAUCCGAUACGUCCUGCAAGACUGGUGUUGGGCAAAAAGGCACUGGGUUAAGGAUAAUUAUUAGUUUAAAUGCCUAAAACGGCGGAAGCUGCCAUGUCGCGGCGGAGAUGCUAGUGUCAUCGGUCAGACGGUUGGUAUGGGAUGGGAGAGGAGGGGAUGGGAUGCAUCUGCUUACAAAGUCUCCGAGCUGCCCCGGCGAAAGGGGGAGGAAGGGGGACGCAGGGUCCAGCACCGCUGCAAGUUCGCACCAAACGUACGUCGUCAUCGCACGACUGUGAAACAAGCUUGCAUUCUGGAUUCUGGCCAGCGUUUGACCCAUACGAAAUCCUCGCCAUCACUCCUUGCCCUUUGUUUGCGAUCUCGUUUUUGCUUUUUUUCUUGCUUCAUCUGGAAGAAACUUUUUUUGUUCAAAAUCUUUCUCCUCCUUUCCAAGUAUCACGGUCCGGCGUGCUCGAGCGCUUUUGGCUCUCGCUUGCGGAUGCUUUUGCCUCGACUCCGCGCGUUGGCGACGCCCCUCCGGGCCGGACUCAUCUUCAAAGGCAGUGCUCGACGCCGGCCCAUAUAUCCUGUCGUUCCUGUCGUCUCUGCACUAGUCCUUUACCAUCUGGUGCGCGCACGUGGGAUUGCACGGGUCCGGUUUAGAAGGGAUACUCGAUGCGUAUAACUGCGCCUCUGCUCAUCGCAUGGUCUACUACUGGUCAUACUUAACGCAAACAUUUGAUCGCUGGGAGCAUGCGGGCUUGGGGACUCUGCCUUUGUCGACGAGAGUCACGUUUCUUGAUGUUUCUCGUCGGAUCUCUCUAAACGGCGAAGUCGGGUCCCGUCGACCCAAUUUUUUCUUUCUUUCUCGGAAAAUCACCGCGCAUCAUGUUCAUCAAACCGGG